AUGGAAGAAAAAAGUUUUAAUUCAGUAGAAGAUCUUCUUGGUCCUUCUUAUUGUCGUGUUGCUAAGGCAGCCCUUGACUCCCAGCAUUCUCUUGUUAAGAAAUUAUUAACCCUUCGCCGUUUACCAGAUAAAGGAUGGCAAUGUUUGCAUAUUGAGCAACUGCUGCUGCAAUUAGCAGCAGCAGAUGCAAAUAAUAUGCUAAAACAAUGCUCAGUAGGAGAAAGAGAAGGAAGAAUAUUUAGUUCUCUUGUUGCAAGGAGACACUUUCAUCUUGCUCAUGGUAUAGGCAGAUCUGGUGACAUAUUUGCUCUACAACCUAAGGCUGUUGGUUCUUCUCUUCUGUAUCGUCUAUCAAGUUAUUUAGCAUUAGAUGCUAUUCAUAUCUGUGGCAGCAACAAAGUGUCUCCCUGUCCCUUUAGCAACAGGAAUGUCAAUUAG